UUUUGGUAAAGGAAAUAUAUGAAGCCAUGAGAAGCUCUGACAUAUCAGAUCCAAUCAUGACACUGAUAACCCAUCCACAUUUUGUUGUUCCAUCUUUUAAGAGAGAGAUUAAGAAUGAUUCUACUUCCAAUGAAUACAGAAAUGAAGGUAAUAGUGCUUAUAAAAACAAAAUGUAUGAGGUGGCAUUAAAGUGUUACAAUACAGCUCUUGCAUAUGCACCAAAUAUGUCCAUUGCAAUGAAACUUGCAUAUAGUAAUCGGUCCGCAGUACUAUUCACAUUGCAGUGCUACAGAGCUUGUCUCAAAGACAUCAAUACUUGUAUAACUAUGGGAUGUCCUGAUGACAUAUUGGAAAAAUUAUAUAAACGCAGAGAACAAGCUGAAAACUCUCUGUGGACAGAAAGUACACAAAUAAAGUAUAGUGGUGAAAUUUUUUUUAAAAUACCUAAACGCCAUCCGGAUAUACCAUGCGCGAGCGCAGAAAUAGAUAUUAUUAUGAAUACCAACGGUCCUAAAAUAGUGGCCAAGACAGACAUUAAAGUUGGGACUGUGUUGGCUUUAGAGAAAGUAUUUGCCGGCUUUGUAGACCUAAUUCAAAAUUCAGAUGCAACUUGGAUAUCUUGCUACCACUGCUGUAAACUUUCUUUCAAUUUAUUCCCUUGUGAAGGCUGUUGCAAAGCACUAUUCUGCAGCAAACAGUGUAAAGACAAUUGCAUGAAAGAAUAUCAUAAUAUUGAAUGUCAGAUCUUAGAGUUAGUGAACUGGCCAAUUACUCAAAUGGUACUCAAAGCUGCAAUAAAAAUGAGAAACAUGUGCAAAUCGUGGGAUGAAAUGAUCGAACUGUCAAAGAAAUAUGUUAAUAAUAAGCAAAAAAUAAACCAAAUAAAAGAUAUAUAUGAUUCAAGAAACUGUACUUCCCUUCUAACAUUCAACCAUGCUGUGCACUUUAUGCAUGGUAUGUUUUUUAAUACAACAAUAAUUUGGUCUCAUUACAUUUCCAUAAUUGACUCUUCUGGAUGUUUUUUCCCAGUAAGAAUUCAGGACAAAAGGUAUGCAAUUCGUGCUUUUGCAAGAAUACUGAUGCACCUAACAAUAUUUGCACACCCAAUGCUUUUAGCUACAAAUAAUUGUCUAAAAACGAAGCCACAGAUAAUUACACGGUGGGUGACGCCAAGACUUGGACUCUUUCCAUUCAUUGGAAAAUUAAAACGGUCCUGUAUACCAAAUACAUACAGCACAGUAAUCAAUAAUAAUACUACGGCUUUGGUAGCGACACAAACUAUAAGAGCAGGAACUGAAUUGUCUGUCAGCCCCAUAAAUCAUUGGUUACAGCAUCCACUAACAAAAGAGAAUAGACAAGAAAUGAUGUAUAACAUUAAUGGAACUGUGUGCAGUUGUGUAUUGUGUGAAGCAGAACCUAAAGACUUGGAAGCAAUAAGAAACGCCAACCCUCUAUCUGAUGAACAAAAAAAGAAAUUUAAAAUUAAACUCACAAAUGAGCUUUAUCAUAACUCUACAGAUAUUACGAAAGUCGCCGGCGUCUACACGGAAAUAUUUGAAUUGUUAGACUUAUUACAUGAUGUGCCAUUUUCGAAGGAAUAUGCAAUAACACAUGAACUCUUCCGAAAUUGUAUUACAACACAAUCAUUAUAUUCAAAUUUUAAUGAGGUAGAGUCUUGA